UUGCUGCCAACGUGGCGAAAUCCAUCAGUGCGUUUCCCUCACUGCAAGCGACCCGUUGUUCAGAAGAGAUUUGCAGAUUUUGACUAGCGUCCGUCAUCCGUGUGCGCAUCCACUGACAAUACUUGGAAAUGUCGUGGAUAUUCAGGCUAUAUAAUGGCGCUGGGGAGCGACAUUGGAGACAGAACACAGCCGCUACUGGAUCAGUAACCUGAAUAAGUACUAGUAGUCGGAGAGUCAAUUGAGUGAAUUCCUUAGUCUUACUACUACUUCGAAGUAGUAUCUUGAGCAAAGGUUAGAGGGAAGAAACACGUGCUAAUAAUUUACAAUCAACGAUGGGCCUCUUCCUUGCUCGCUUGAAGAAGGUGUUUGACGAAUUCGGCAACACUCAAGCUCGAAUUCUGAUGCUGGGUCUGGAUGCAGCAGGCAAAACAACAAUCCUCUACAAGUUCAAGUUGAAUGAGGUGGUAUCCACCAUUCCCACAAUUGGCUUCAAUGUAGAGACUGUUGAGCCAAUGAAGGGCCUGACAUUCACGGUGUGGGACGUCGGUGGACAGGACAAGAUUCGACCACUGUGGCGUCACUACUUCUCAGGGACGGAAGGACUGAUCUAUGUAGUGGACAGCGCCGACAGCUCGAGAUUUGCCGAAGCACGUGCCGAGUUGCACUCAAUCCUGGACUCGGAGGAGAUGCGAGGUGUGCCGUUCAUAAUAUAUGCCAACAAGCAGGAUCUGCCAAAUGCUGCUUCACCGUCUGUCCUUAUAGAGAAGUUACAGCUUAGCAAGCUUUCUGGUCAUCAGUGGUAUGUGCAGACGACGUGUGCUACAAACGGCGAUGGUCUCUGCGAAGGUAUUCAGAAAUUCAGUCAGUUAGUGAAGGACUUCAAACGCACAAGGAACCAGUCAAUGUACUGAGAGACGGAUUGAUUUCAACGAAGUAAUAAGCUGACAAUGCCUUCAGUUCCAGUUAAGUUGAUCAUCAGUAUCAUUUUUGUUUUCUCCGGUCCUGUUACUUAACCUUAAUGAAUCUGCAGGAAGCCUCAGUCUAACUUUGCUACUGUGAUGGUAUUUCAAAUUUUAAUAGAUUGCGUUCUCUCAACUUUUGACUUGAGGGCACCCACUGUUUAAGUAUACGGAAGAGUCCCUUCAUGUAAUUGUUUGUGUCGAUGUGCAGAGCCGUACAGGACGAGUAUCUCAAAGAGUGUUGAAACAUACUAUCGCAUUCUGUUCAGAACAUGUGCUUUGAGUAUUCACGGGUGAUUUUUCGAUUACCUGUCUUGUAUGUUACGUACUGUAUAUUGCUGAAUCUAUUGCCUCUCUUUUAUUAUUAUCAUUAUUAUUAGGUACAGCUACUCCACAACCCUUCUUUAAUUAUUUUAAUAUACAAAUAAGAUCAAAACCUCAUGAUCUGUAUCGAUCACACAUGCCAACGGUUUGUGAAUACCCUAUUAAAGCUAUCCAUUACUUUCUUACCCUCUGGUUAGCCAUUAGAGCAAUUGAUUAUUGAAACUUCAUCUAGGCCUCCAGCUCAGAGACCACAUACUGAACUACUGUACUAUUUAUCAAAAAUUCAAAAUGACCAUCAUCCCUUUCAUUUUCACACUUUAGCGGAGCUGAUGAUACACAUUUUCAUUAGUUUUGAUUUGAUUACAGGCAACCAUGAAGAAAUAAUAAUUGGUACAGGUGGA